UCACUACCGAAAAUUGAACAUUAAAAAUUGAACAUUAAUAAUGGCGGUUGAGCUCCAGUAUUGCUUGACUGUGCCACCAGGAGAUCCCCAGCAGAGGCCAGUCCGUUUCAUUGGAAAGUUGAGAUGCUUGAAAGAUUUAAAGUGGCCGCAAAUUUCGGAUUAUUUGUCUCCAAGAGUAGAUGAGCAGACUUGGUCUGCUGCUUUAGAAUCUGUUGAAAAGAACACCACAGUCUCCCUUUGGCUUUCUAAUGCUAUAGUUUCGGCUCUCCCAUUUAAAGUCAGCCGUCACAACUCUCCAGGCAGGCCCCAUGCUCUGAGCAGGACUGUCAAUACAUUAAAAUUGCACGAUCAUCCAGAAUAUGCUUUUAUUAUUGCAUGUGAGAGGAGUGAAGCAUACUCCCUUGGUUGUGCUGU